AAAUUCAUCAAUCACACCUACCUUUUCUUGGAGAUUUUACAAGAAACGAUAAUGGCACUGACAACAACGCUGGUGAUGGUAACAAGGACUUAUUUCUCCAAAACUAAUAUAGAAAAAUUCUUGGAUUCCUUAGAUAAAAUCGAUGAAUACCUGAAACCAAAUUGGAAGAAAAAUAAAGGGUUUAAACGAUUCUUCUUAACUCAACAUAUAUUUAUAUUUCUGGUAUUUUCAUUCAACAUUAAUACAUGGAUAAUAUUAACCGGAAUAUAUGACUUUCAUUUUCACAUAUUCAAGCAUCUCUAUUACUAUCAGAUAUCGAUUAACAAUGCUUUGGUGUAUAUUUUUUCGUGCUCUAUUGAAUACAGAUUCCAACAACUGAGUAAAAAAUUCACAUCGGAAAUUACAGAGGGAGAUAACUCAAUACAGACUAUGAGAAUUUUCAAUCGAAUGUACAUGCUCUUGGGCAAAGCAAUAAGAUUCUCCAAUUCAGUGUUUGGUUUUUCAGUGUUGGGUACUGUAUGUUUCGUUAUUGUAGAUUUGCUGAUGAACGCCUCUGUUUUGACGCACUUUCUCAUCAGUGAAUCUGGAAUGGCACCUGGCUUUCUGAAGAAUGCAUUAAUGAUUUCGGCCAGAAUUGGAUGGAUGACCUUCUCUUUGUCCCUUCCAACUAUGCUAGCCAUUUCUUGCAGUGGUGCCAUGAAAGCAGCGAGAGAAGUAUCGGAAGUAUGCACCGAAUAUUUGAACCUUCUACCAAUGGUAACAACAAACCAACGAAUCAAAGCACUGAAAAAACAGCUACGCUUGCUUUCUGCUAUGUCCACCUCUAUCAAGCCUUUUUCAGCAGCUAGAUUUUUUACAAUAAACCAUUCGAUGCUUGGUCUUAUCAUUGGCAGUGUACCGCCUUACUUCAUCUUCAUGCUGCAAUGUUUGCAAUCAGAAACGAUCAAUUAUUAUAAUAAUGAAUCCAAGUCAGACUGAGAAACAUGUCAAAACACAUCAAUAAAAGUAUACCUAAUAAUUUUUAUGUAUUAUUCUUUAUAUAGUUGUGAAAUAGUUAUCUUGUCCUUGAAUGUAGAUAGCAGAGAAUCGUGUCCAUUAAAAAUGCACAUCGUUCCACAUCAAUCAAUAUUUCUCUGCAAAAAAAUUAGUUUCCAACGUAAUGAAAAUUGAAUAAUAGAUCAAUAUUCAACAAAUAUAAAAAUAUGUACUAACGAAUUGAUCUUCAA